UGAAAUCGUGUCGCUUGGUUCGUGGUUGCGGCCUCGAAAGCGGCGUGUUCUAGUGCGGCGCACAUUUUCUACAGGAAGGGGAAAAGGCAAAGAACGAACGAGAAUUAGACAAAGCGAAGAAACAACAAGCGCGCGGCACAACUGGGUAGUGUUGUGCAUGUGUAUGCGUGUGUGUAUUUUCGUGAACGUGCGUGUAUGUGCGUGUGUAUAUGUGUAACUGCAAGCGAGAGCGAGAGUGCCAAAAAGAUAUUUGUAUAUUAGCAAAAGCCAAGCAAAGCAGCAGUAGUUCCCCCCCGUGUUUGAUGGAAGCGCACGCAGCCGACCAAGCGAUCGUAUGCGAUAUUUAACGUGUGAGAACCGACACGCAUAAACAAGACAAACAAAAUUAACACAACAUAAAACACAGUCCACGGCUGGAAAGAAGGCUCACACCAUGGACGAUGAUCAGCAGUUUUGUCUUCGAUGGAACAAUCACCAGAGUACGCUCAUCUCGGUGUUCGACACACUGCUGGAGAAUGGAACACUGGUCGAUUGUACAUUGGCGGCCGAGGGAAAAUUCCUGAAGGCACACAAAGUGGUGCUGUCGGCAUGCAGUCCCUACUUUGCGACCCUACUAUCCCAACAGUACGACAAACAUCCAAUCUUCAUACUCAAAGAUGUGAAAUUUCAAGAACUGCGCGCCAUGAUGGAUUACAUGUACCGUGGCGAGGUAAACAUCUCCCAGGACCAGCUGGCCGCCCUGCUAAAGGCGGCCGAAUCGCUGCAGAUUAAGGGGCUGUCCGACAACCGUAGCAGCUCAUCGUCCGGCACGGGCGGUAGCGGUGUGCAUCAGCAGCAACAGCAAAAACAAGGCGAUGCACCUGCCGCAAAAUCACUUCAGCCUCCCGUACCUGCUAGCAAGGCAUCAUCUGGUCUGACGAUUGAGAACAAAAGGAGCUUGAAGUCGGAGUUGCUCGAGUCCGAUAUGUCCGGUUCGCGGGAAGGAUCAUCUAGUCCCACGUCGCGAAAGCGUAAAAAAGUUCGCAGACGGAGUGUAGAUACGAACAAUCUAAUAGAUAAUCAUGACCAGCAUUCAAAUUCCUCAUCACAUUCAAUGCACACCGGUAGCGGUGCGAAUGUGGCUGCGCUAGCAGUCACCGGCACCAACUCCGCAAACGUCGCCGCAUCAUCUCUGUCCUCGUCCACGGCAGCCGCUGGAAGCAACAGCAGCGCUAACGUGCUGUCGGUUGCCGCCGUGGCCGCUGUCGCCGCACUCAAAAAGACUGAAACCGUUCAACAGGCUGCCGCGGAAACACUGAAACUACAGAAGCAGCAGCAGGCAGCCGCGGCUGCAGCUGCCGCCGCCCAGUCCUCCGACGAUGAUGAACGAUGUGGUGGCCCGGGUAGUGUCGCCACCGGCACGGAACACGACGACGGAAAUGACCUUUCGGACAAUGAGCAUGAUGGCGAUGGCGGUUCUUCGGUAAAGUCUGGCUCGCGACAUCAUCACCUGCUAGAUGGGAGUCGGCGUGGUAAAACAUCCACCUCGUCGAUGGGCGAAAUGAUGAUCGAACCGAAAAGUGAAUACGAAGAUGUGCAGGAUGAGAAUGUAGAGGAUUUGACAAUGGACGACGAAGAUUUAAUGGACGAACUGGACCAGCCCGGACCGAGCCACGGUGGCGAUGUAUCUAGUCAAGGGUAUGCACAAUGGCCGAUGGAUCGUGAGCAGAACGAAUCGUUUAUUGCACAGGACGCAGUCGGUGGACAACAUCGAGACGCACAAGUUUCUGUACCCGUAGGUGAUGCCGGCGACACCGAUGGAGACCGCCGCCCAUUGGCCGGUGGUAUUGCAGCAGCCGGCACGGCGGUGGUAGCAGCAGCACCGGAGGAGCUUGAUACCGCAAACGAGUCCGGUAGUGAUGGAGCGGCUGCGACGGCGGUAUUAGCUACCGCGGCGCUGGUCGGGAACGUUGCGGGCGGCAGUAGUGAUACCGCGAUCACCGUGGCCAACAGUGGCACGGCGGGCAAUAGUGUUGAUAGCAAGGGUGGUGCAGCGCUGAUACAGGGCUGCACCGGCGGCGGUGGCAGCAGUGCGAGUAGUGCGAGUAGUAGUAGCAGCAACAGCAGCACCAGUAGCAGCAACAGUAGCAACAGCUGCACGGGCGUCGGGAGCGUGGUGUCCGCCGGCAAUAGUGAUGCUGCGGCAGCAAUAGCCAUGGCGCUGAAUCAGCAGCAGCCGACUAACGCCGGGUCGGUCGGAUCUUCGGCAGUGGCCGCUGCAGCAGCGGCGGUGGCCGCCUUCGUUAGUGGACCGCUGAUGGCGGAAUACAUCAAGGGCGAUGUGGGCGUGACGUUUCCAUUAGCUGCUACGCAACCUUCACCACCGAUCGGUAGCAGCAUCGGCGGCGGUGGUGGUGGUGGUGGUGGCGGCGUGGAUGCAGGCGAAGGAUCAUCCCACAAGCAGCAGCAGCUAGUGGCAUCGCUGAAGCUUCAAUCUCAAGCCCAACCGCUGGCGCUGCAGCAGGGACAGCAGCCGCCGCACACGGUGGCACUGCCGCUGCUGUCACCGAAAUCGCCACCGAUCGAUGAGCAACCGUGCGAUCUGCGCAUGCUAACGCCGGCGACCUACCUGCGGGAGUUCACCAGCGGCGUGAAACCCGAAUCGUAUGUGGCCGCUGCAGCGAACGCGAUCAAGCUGGCCGCGACCGCCAACACGGGCAGCGCGAGUACGACCGCCGCACUGCCCAUGCCCAUGUUUAAGGGCAUCAGCAUGACGACACCGCCGCCCCAGCCGAUGGCGAUGCCAUCGCCGAUCGUUGGCGGUACCUACUCGUGUACGCGGUGCGGCAACUCGUACGCCCGGCCCCACAGCCUUAACCGACACAUCCGGUUCGAGUGCGGGGUCGAGCCGAAGUUCGAAUGUCCGGUGUGUCACAAGAAGUCGAAACACAAGCACAACCUCGUGCUGCAUAUGCGCACGCAUCAGCAUCGAUGAUUGAGCGUUGUGAUGGGCGUUGUGGGGCCGUGCGUGGGUUUUUAUUGGAAGAUUUUUGCUCGGGAGUGGAUGUCACAUCGCUCACAGCAGCCUUGCUUUGAUGAUGAGCUUUUGUUGAAGCUUGAUCGUGGUGAGAGAAAGAUCGUUCAGAAACCCGUGUUGUGUGCAGCUAAUUCGCGAUCCUCCGGUCGGCUAUUUCCACUGCAACUGUGGAAUAUGAUGGCGAAACGGAUGGAAUAUUGAGAUGUGAAACGCUGAAUGUGGGGAAGUGCAAGCAAUGCGAGAACUGUGGCAAAAAGCCCAUAAGAUUGUUAUAACUGUUAUACUUCUUUUUUUUACUUUCCCCCAUUUUCCAUCCCGAUUUUUUUUUCACUUCUCUUUUCUAUUACCGCGCAACUGUUGUUACCAUUUAUCUAACAUUGUACAUUUUAGUUGCUUUACUAUUUUAUUUUUCUUUAUUUUUUUUUACAUAAUUAUUAUUAUUAUUAUUACCAGCUAAAUUAUCGUUAACAUGGAAUUGUUUGUAGUCAGAAAUAACCAAAACCAAACCCCCACAUAUCCAUAUAAACGGUCCGGUGUGUGUGUGUGCGUGGAGGAGGACAACAAGGCGUACUGUUUUGUGGCCACCACCACCACCACCACCACCGACACACCGAGCAGGUGGAUAUGUGUGCGUCUUCGUGUUUUUAUAGUCAGCUGGCCGCGUGUCCGCGGGCCACGAGAUGGAUUAAAAAUCACAUUCUAACGAAGUAGUAGUAACACACAAUCCUAUAGCGGGAUGUAAAAAAAAAAAACAUAAUUGAACUAAUCAAAUUGGAUUUGACAAAGAGUGUUGAUGAACGCCGCCGCCAUGUGUGGUGGUGCGUGUGUAGAAAGGAUACAAUUAUUAAGGGUUACCGCCGAGUGCUCAUGUGCCAAGCAGUUGUGAGCAUUAUCGUGUAAAGGGGGGAUAGCGUGACCACACGAUCGCCGCGCAUGUUUUUGCGCAAGAGGGAACUGGGAAAGGGAUAGUGGUAGUAGUAGUAGUAGUAAAAGUAGUAGUCGUCUAUACUGCAGGGCAGUCAUAUUAAGCAACGGAACAGAGUUGAUGUGUGAAGCAAACAAUUAAUUUGUGCGAAGCGCAUGAGUGUGUUGUAUAGUCAGGGUUGGUUAAACCGUGUAAUGGAACUUGAGUGAUUGCGAUAACGUCUUCUUUUUUUUUUGUUCACUACUUGGUACUAAGUACACCAAAAUUUGCAGGGCUCGCGCAUACUUUCAUGAACUCCCGGUACAAUAUUAACGAUAUGCGAAGACAGAACAGAAACACGUCCCCCCCGUAAUGGAUGCAAAAUCCAAACGAAGAAAUACCACAAUGAAUAGCCGGCACACCACAAACAAGGUUAAAAUAAUGCUGCGAAAAGGGUUUAACAUAUAUAUAUAAAAAUAUUACAUUUAGUUUUAGGUGGGUCAGUUACUUAACAUUCUUAUUUUUAUGGAUUUUGUUUUUGUUUUUAUCUUAAACGGUUGUUCUUAUAAAGAGUUUUGCCUGUUUUGCCGCCAUAUGUAUACACAAACACACACACACACCCAGAGAGACGAAAAAGCCUACACCAAUAAUGCAGUUUAAUCAUUUCUUAUCUUACUAGUUUCGAACGUCACCGUUAUUAAAAGUUGUUAAAAGGACCAGCUUCAAGGCAAAGAGAAAAUGAAAGAGCGAGGGAUGUAAUGAAUUAUCAAUGUCUUGCGGUUAGAGAAAGUUUUUUUAUUUUGCUCCAAAAUUGUAUGAAAUCAUCCUGUUUUUUUUUUUGUUUUGGUUUGUGAACAACAUUGAAUUUAAAAUAUACUGGUAAUUGUGUACCAAUGCGCGCGGCGCACAGCACAGUGAUAGAGGAUGUGUAAUAGCGUGGCCGGCAGGAUAACUAAGCUCUAGCCGGUGGCAUAUAACGAAUUCGAGUCAUUUCUAUAUUAUUAAGGUUUUUCCGUUCUCCAAAAACACAGUACAUCGGUUUACUUUAGCAGAGAAAGUCUCGUCUCACGCACGAUCGUUGAAAACGAUCGCUCCUAGCUAACUGCGGUUCGAAAAUCAAAGCUUUUCUUUCCAGUUUUGUGUACUAUUGCAUAGCAUAUAUAUGAAGGAAAAAAAACGCCUACAGCAACACAACACAGCAAGGGUGAGCCAAGCUCCCGUUUUACCAACAAACGUUUAAUUAAUUUGUUUCACAGUUUUGUUCAUCUCGUUUUUGAACAACACAACAAUAACCCCUUGCGAGUAGAAUAAUCUUCCCCAGCAAGGGUCAGGAUGAAUAGUUUAAGCGUAAAUUGGAACGGGUUAACAAUACAUUAACAUAACCAGGAGGGACACUCCUGAAAGGGAUCCUUUCAAAACCGCAAACGUAAAACAAACAAACAAAACGAAAAAAAAAGCUUCCUUCUUCGUUAGAGCACAUAACUUGAAUGAACGCUUGAUGAUGAUGUGUGGACAGUUUGAGGACCCCCGGGACGUGUUUUUCGCGAGGUGUGUUGUGAUACUAGACGUGUAUAGACUGUGUUUGUUAUAUAGUCUGAGCAGCGGUAGUUGAGAUGGAUAAGGAUAUUUAUUGUAUGUACACAC